AUGCGUUGGAAGUCUGCCAGUAGAGGAUACGAAGACAGCUGGAAGGACGAUAGAUUACGUGGCGACUCAAUGGCUAAAAGGAUGCCAGGCUUCUGCCAGUCACGCUACAACAUGUUUAGUCAAGUUAGGCAGGAUAUGAUAGACACGACAUUAUCCGUUUCAUUUUGUACUUCACCAACAUUAUGUGGUCACUCGUAUAGCAUGUCGCCAAAAACAGCUUUGGUCAUUCUGGCCGACGGAGUAGAAGAGAUGGAAGCAGUGAUUCCUGCUGAUAUUCUGAGACGUGGUGGAGUUGAAGUGACUUACGCUGGUAUGGAUGGAGCUGGAAAGGUAACCUGUUCGAAAAAGACGGUGAUCACGCCAGAUGGUGCACUGAACGACGUCAAGUCGAAGACGUUUGACGUCGUAGUCCUACCUGGCGGUUCACGAAGCAGUGUCUCGCUGGCUGCGAGCGAGGCCGUUGGUCAAGUGUUGAAAGCACAUGCUACAGCCGGAAAAAUCAUUGCAGCCAUCUGUCAUGCUCCGAUAGCACUAAAAUCGCACUCUAUAAAAGCUGCGUUGCUUACUAGCCAUCCCGGUGUUCGUAAACAGCUUGAAGAGGGAGGAUAUAAGUACAGCGAGGAUAGCGUGGUAGUCGCAGAUGGUGUUGUGACCAGCCGUGGACCUGGAACGGCCUUUGAGUUCGCUUUGAAACUUGUCGAAUUGCUUGUUGGGAACGAAAAGUCGAAACAACUGGCGGAGGCGAUGCUUGUGAAGCUGUAAACUCCCGAAGUGCUGCCAUAGACUGUGUAGGCUCAAUGGUUUAUAGCCUUUUUCAUAUGGUUUUAGAUUUGAAAACUCGAAUGUUCUGGUUCAAGGCAUUAUUCAGUUCUUAAAAACUAUUGAAUGUUGCGUUUAAGGUAGUAUUCAUGAUUAGAGAAAGUCGUUUUUUGUUUUUCCAAUUUGUUUACACCAAAGUACCCAAAUAAAUGGUUACA